AUGUCUGCCUUAGAGAAUUUAGACGCUCUUGUCGUCGGAGCUGGAUUUGCUGGAUUGUAUCAAUUACAUUCCCUCAGAAAACUUGGUUACAACUGCAAGGUUGUCGAGCUUGGAGGUGGAGUGGGAGGUGUUUGGUAUUGGAACAAUUACCCUGGUGCUCGAGUCGAUAUACAUGUUCCACUCUACGAAUAUGGUUUCGGUGGUCUUUAUAAGGAUUUUACAUGGACGGAACGUUUUCCAGAACGAUCGGAACUUCUAAGAUACUUUGAUUAUGUUGACAAGAAACUGGAUUUGAGUAAAGAUAUUGUACUCAAUACUGGAGUCACACAUGCCAAAUUUGAUAUUAAGGCCAGUCGCUGGAAUGUCACCUUGACGACUGGAGAAGUUUGUGAUUGCAAGUUCCUCAUACUAUGCACUGGAGCUCUUACCAAACUUUUCGUCCCGGACUUUGAGGGACGCUGGCCUCAAGAGGGUGUCAAUACUGCUGUCUCCCAUCUCACCGUCUUCCAACGAACACCCAACAUCUGUCUCCCAAUGCAACAGCGCCCACUAAUCGAAAUCGAACAAAACACCUCCAAAGCCAACGGCACCUAUGAUGAAAUCUACAAAACCAGACCCAAAUACCACGCCGGCUUGGAUUACGAUUUCAUCCAGCGCAAUUGCAUUGAAGAUUCACCUGACAAGCGUCGCGAAACAUUCGAGCAACUCUAUUCUGACGGCGGAUUCCGUCCUUGGCUUGGUACUUAUAAAGAUAUCCUCUUUAACCAGGAAUCUAAUGAUGCGGCCUAUAGUUUUUGGGCUGAAAGAUGUAGAGAGAGGAUUACAGAUCCGAAGAAAAAGGAUCUUUUGGCUCCGUUAUUAGAAAAUCAGAUACAUACUUUUGGGACCAAGCGUCCAUCACUCGAGCAGAACUUCUACGAAGUUUGUAAUCAGGAGAAUGUGGAUAUCAUCGAUAUCCUCGCGAACCCAAUCGACACGUUUACAGAAACAGGGAUAUGCAUGGAAAAUGGUGAGGAGUAUCAUUUUGAUACUAUUGUGUUGGCGACGGGAUAUGAUGCUUUAACGGGAGGUUUUACGGGGAUUGAUAUUGUGGGGACGGAUGGGAGGAGUAUUGCUGAGAAGUGGAAAGAUGGCAUUAAAACAUACCUAGGAAUGACGAUGGUCAAUUUCCCCAAUCUAUUCAUGACAUACGGGGUUCAAGCCCCCUCAACCUUCGCCAACGGCCCUGUAAUGUCUGAAAUCCAAGGAACCUUCAUAACGCGCACCAUCCACCACCUCAACACAUGCGAUCCCCCCAUCUGCACCAUCGAACCGACCCAUCUCUCGGAAGAAUCCUGGCACCGCAAAAUUAUAGAUUUAGCAGCACCCUCGCUCUUUGCGCGCACAAAGAGUUGGUAUAUGGGCUCGAAUAUUCCCGGGAAGAAGAUUGAGAUGGGGGGUUAUAUGGGGGGCGUGCCGGCUUUUAGUAGGGAGUUGGAGGGGGCGAUGGAGGGGGGGAUGGAAGGGGAAAAGUGGAGGGAUGCGUGGGUUUUGGAUGGGUAUUUGGAGGGAGGGGUAGGAGGGGAAGUGUAG